AUGACUCGCCUCCUCCGCACCGUGCACACGAGUGCGCGCCUCUGCGACAGCGCCGCGAACGCUUCCUCGCUUCCCAUCCCCCCCCAAUGGCUCCGCCGCGGCGUGCGCGACUUCACGCCCAAGGGCCGCCCCGUCCCCAUCCGCCCUGCGCGCACUACGCGCGUCACCCUUCCCUCCGGAUACCCCGAGCCGCCUGCGUACCCCCCGCCGCAGUCGUAUUGGGACGAGCUGGACCUCAUCGACAGGAAGGGAAAACCCAAGCCGCACCCGCUCUGGGCCUUCUUCCAUGUCCCGCCCCAGAUGCAGACGCGGCCGGAGGGCAACAUCUUCCCGAGCAACAUGGGCAGUAUCGACUUGAUGGAGGACGAGGAGGAGGGUAUCAGGUCCGACGCAGCAGGUCGAGCGCCGCCGCCUGGGCAUUGUCAAGGCCUACGGCGGCGAUCUGAUCUCGAGGAGGUCACAGCGGGUGAGUACAUUGUCCAGCGAGGUGCCGGCAGGGGGGGAUCGGGUACCAGUCUUGCCUGCAGUGAGACUGGUGGAAGGUGGCCGAAAGCCUUAGCUAAAACCCGCAAAACCCGGCCCGGUACGGAGCAGGAGCAGCUAGAACAGGAGUGGAAAGCUAACGCGCAGUGCCGCAAGUCGAUGGCGCGCAUCAAGUAUGUCCUGAACGAGCGCCGCCUUGCGCUCAUCGCCGCCGGCGCCGCGACGCUGCCCGCGCCCCAGGGCGUGACUGUCCCCUCGACGCUGCCGGGACGGAACGACCCGAUGGCGGCCGUCGAGGCGCUGCAUGCCAUCGGACCCGUCCCCGACGUCGUCAAGCUGACCGAGGGCAAGCGCACGAAGCUCUCGGGCCAGGAGAAGGCCGACGAGGCCCUCUUCGAGGAGGACGAGGCGGACCAGGCCGCCUACGAGGAGGUGCAGAAGGAGGAGGAGGCUGCUAAGCUGCAGGCCGAGAAGGCCAAGGAGGAGACCAAGUAG